UAAGGAAAAUCUUAUAAGCUAAAAUAAAAGCGAUACAAGGCAAAGUCCGCGGGAGUAGUUUUUUUUCAGUCUGAAGAAGUACUUUGAGGAGUGGCCAUCGUAUCACAGGGUCAUUUAAAGUUUGGAAAAUAUGUGGGACGACGAGCCAGCACCAUGGGACAUCGAGGAGACUCCAGCGGAAGAGACCACGGAGGGUGCAGCUGAAGGUGCUGCCGAAGGCGCAGCUCCUGCCGCGGCACCUGGAGAAAAACCAAAAAUAAAAUUAGAAAAGAUUGAACCGCCGCAUUACAAUCAUCAUUGGGUUCGUCCUCUCUUCCUCAAUUACGAUUAUAUUUAUGAAUAUAGGAAAAAUUACUAUGACGACGUGAUUGAUUAUCUGAAUCAAAGGCAAAGAGGAAUAUUCCGUGAACCACCGCGUGCCCAAGAAUGGGCUGAACGAGCAAUGAGGACCUACGACGAGAUGAACACUGAUAAGAGUUUCAAACGAUCAGCGGAUAUGAAAGAGAUCAUUAAUAUGAGACACGAACCUAGAUACUACAGUUAUCACACUCGGGCUUACUAUAGUUUGAAGUAUCAAAAAAUCUUGUGAUUUUAUUUUCUUUAUUGUAUAUUAAAAUCGACCCAUGUGGUAUAGAUAUAAAUUUUAUUGUAAUAUAUUUACACAUUAAUCUUCGUUUUUAAACCGAAUUUUUAUGUUAUGGAAAUAAAACUGAUGGUUCGAAUUA